AUGUUAUGUAGCGAUGAGGAAGACGAAGUGAAAGCAGAGAAAGCCGGAAAACCGAAGCGUUCUGCGCCCAAUGUUACUUGGAAGCACUCGUGGUUACUAAGUGAAAUGGAAGAUGCGUUGUCAAAGUCGGUUUUUAAUGCCAUACCCGCCGAGGUUACGUUACACAUAUUUCGAUUAUUCUCUGUGCGAGAUUUGGGAAAUGUUUCACUAGUUUGCCGAUCAUUCAAAAUGAUCGCCGAUCAGGAUGAAAUUUGGAUAUCAAAAUGCAAUACAUCAACAAAGUUACAUUCAAAAACGUUCAAAGAAAUUUACAUGGAUUGGAUGCACGAAAAGUACUUGCGAAAUGAAGAAGUAGCAGAGGUCGAAGAAAGAUAUCGCGUAAGAUCUCGACAAAUAGCUUGUGGAAUGAGAUGCGCCCCUCCACAAUAUCCUACUCGACCGGCAGGUAAACAAGAAUUUGUACCAAUUGGUGGAUUUAGUCAACAUCCGAACUCGUCAAAAGACAUGUAA